GCGCGACCACGGACUUGGCUGCAUCACCACCGCCGUCAAUCGAUCCGAGCCCCGUGUCUAUCAGACCCGGACAGACACAGCAACAAGCGAAACAGUCUCUGUGAAGAGCUGCCGCAGAAUCAAUCAGCCUCCCAGCUUCCGAUUCUUUACCCCACGUCGUCGCUCUUCUCACAUCUCCUCCUCUAUAAGCCAAAAUGGAUCACCGUCCGCAAGCUUGGGGCCGACCGAGAGACGACGUCUACGGCGCCUAUGACCGCUCCUACAUGCAGGACAAUGGGCCCAAGCAAAACACCCAGCAGCCCAUCGUCACCGGCACCUCAGUAAUAGGCAUCAAGUUCCAGGACGGCGUUGUCAUGGCCGCCGAUAACCUUGCAUCAUACGGCUCCCUCGCACGCUUCACCGACGUCAAGCGCCUCCGCCCCUUCGCCGGAACCUCCGUCGUCGGCUUCAGCGGCGACAUCUCCGACAUGCAGUACCUCGACCGCCACCUCAUCGACCUCUCCCUCUCCGAGGCCUACGAGUCCCCCGACAAGCCCCGCCUCAGCGCCGCCAACCUCCACCGCUACCUCGCCAAGCUCCUCUACAGCCGCCGCUCCAAGUUCGACCCCCUCUGGAACCACCUGCUGGUCGGCGGCCUCGACGACAAUGGUGAGCCCUUCCUCGCCGCCGCCGACCUCCUCGGAAGCACCUACUCGGCCCCGUCCCUCGCCACGGGCUUCGGCGCCAUGCUCGCCCAGCCCAUCAUGAGGCGCUACGUCCCCGACGAGGAGUCCGCCAAGAAGCUCUCCCGCGAAGAGGCCGUCAAGAUUGUUCAGGAGGCAAUGAAGGUGCUCUUCUACCGUGACGCUCGAAGUCUCGAUUCGUACUCAUUAGCCAUUGUCACCAAGGACGGCGUUGAGCUGAAGGAGAACGAGAAGCUAGAGGACCAGAGCUGGGCGUUUGCGGACAGGAUCAAGGGCUAUGGCACUCAGACAGUUUAAAGAGAGAAGGAAUAGUCAUUGAAAUCCAAUUGUCGCCCAUUACGUUGUUUAUAGUGCAAAAG